CCCGGCGCGGGCGCUCCCGCCGCCGGCCCCGCUCCCGCCGCCGGCCCCGCUCCCGCCGCCGGCCCCGGCCCCGCUCCCGCCGAGCGCCAUGGACACAUAGCCGCGGUGCCACUGCAGGAAGAUGCGCAGUCCCAUCCCAGGCCUGGGCAGGGUGAUGGUGUUCCUCGCAGCAGCCCUGGCGUCAGCCUCCCUCGCCGUCCCCGAGGGCUGGGGAGAGGAAGGUGUGCAGUACGGACAGGUGGGGACAGAUGUGACCCUGUCGUGCACCGGUACCCGUGCCAGCUCUCCAGUGCAAUGGAGACGGGCGGGUGCCGUGGCACUGCCGGAGGGCUCAGCCAUCCAGCAAGGAGCCCUGGUGCUGCCACGUGCCAGCUUGGCCACCGCAGGAACCUACAGCUGCCACAGCGAGGACGGUGGCCUCCUGCACGCCAUCUCCCUGCGGCUGGGGCACCUGCCGGGAGUCCCCUUUGUGUCCUGCAGAGCGUCCGACUACGAAAAUUUCUCCUGCUCCUGGACCUCCAGUGUGGAGACCUUCCUCCCCACCAGAUACAUCACCACCUACAGGAAGAAAUCGCUGACAGGUGAAGAGAAGCGGAGGAACAAGAACGGGCACAUGGGGCCGUGCCUGCAGGAUCCAUCCCACCCCGGCACCUGCACUGUCCACGGGUCAGAGUUCUGGAGCUCCUACCGCCUGAACAUCACUGAGGUGAACCCCCUGGGCUCCAGCUUUCGCCUCCUCGAUGUCACCAUGCAGGCCAUCAUUAAGCCAGACCCUCCGGAGGGCUUGGUGGUGGAGCCCAUCCCCCUAGCCCCACGGCGGCUCCAUGUGAGCUGGAAGUACCCCUCCUCCUGGCCCAAAGAACCCCACUUCCAGCUCAGGUUUCGGCUCCAGUACCGGCCUGUCAUCCACCGCUCCUGGUCCGUGGUGGAGACGGUGAACCUGUCUGAGGUGAUCACGGAUGCCUUCGCCGGUCUGGAGCACGUCGUCCAAGUCAGCGCCAAGGAUUUCCUGGAUGCGGGGAACUGGAGCGAGUGGAGCGCUGAGGCCCGGGCAACACCAGUCAGAGACCUGGCCACUGCAGCAAGUAAAGAAACCACUACAGAUGCCAGCCUGGAGAGCCUGGCCGAGGAGCCCUCCCAGGCUUCCAACCCUGAGCCCAUCAGAGCUUGCAGUAGGGUCCCCCAGGUGCCAGGGGCUGUGGCAUCCCUCGGCCGUGACAGUCUCCCUGUCCCAGACCACAGCGACCCCCUGGAGAAGAUGGCCGUCCUGGUGUCCCUUGGGAUCUUUGCCUUCUUCAUCCUGGCUGCUGUUCUUGUCAUCAUCAUCCUCAUCUGGCUCCGGGUGAGGAGACACGGCAAGGACAAGACCAAGCCCCACAACUUUUUGGUUGCUGCCACCCACUUAAAGGCACUGCCAAAGGCCCAGAUCCUGUAGUGAGCCCUGGCCGAUCCCCGGUCCCUGCACCCGCUUGCCCACGUGUGGGACUUGAUGCCACUGCUGGCCCCCAAGGACCCCACACCUCCCGGGUCACCCCACGGCUGUGGACACUGCUGGAGCCCCCAGUACCCUGGGGGUGCAGGAUUGGACACUAAGGAGAGAGGCUUUUCUCCCAGGAGCUUUGGGCUGUCCUUGCCCACCAGGAGCUGGCUGGAGGCACCUCGGAGUCGGGGUGACAGGCCAGCCCCACCACCGGGCGCUGCUGAACACAUGGGGAUAAGAUUGCUGAGCCAGCCCCACUUCACUACCUAGUGUUGAGGGGAACCAUGGGUGCAGGCUCCCAGGGGUGAUCAGGGGAUGCUGAGCCCUUCCCAUCACGCCCCACCAGCCGCCAGCAGGCAGAUGGGACCCCCUCCAUCCCUCUGCCCCUCUCCCCCAUGCUGUGGCUGGAUGGAGCAGUGAUGAAAAUAAAGGGGAUAGCGUUCGCACUGCCCA